AAAAUGUAUAAGCUUCAUAAAUGUAUAAUUUUUAGAAGAGCUGGUAUAUCUGAUUGCAUUAGAUUGCGCAGGUGGACCUAAUAAAGAGGCCAGUGAUGGUGUAUUUUCAGUAAUGCUAUCAGUUGCUAACAGUUGGUGGCGAUCAUGCUCAGGGUGAGUGCAACUCACCAUUAAAACUGAGGAAGAAGAAGAAGAAGCGCGCGGGGAGUGCAGAUGACGUAGGGACCGGGAAAUCCGAAACAAACACCACGUCGUCUCUCCUCUGUCUUUGCUGUAAAGACAAGCGGCGGUCGAGAAGUGGACAACUGCAAAAGAGGAAGCAAAGAUGCAGAGAGCAUCCCGUUUGAAGCGUGAACUUCAGAUGCUGAGCACCGAGCCACCUCCCGGGAUAACAUGCUGGCAGACCGAGGAACGGAUAGACGACCUUCGGGCACAGAUAGUUGGAGGGACAGGAACUCCAUAUGAAGGUGGACUCUUUUCCCUGGAGAUUAAGGUCCCUGAGAGGUACCCAUUUGAGCCUCCCAAAAUCCGAUUCUUGACACCCAUCUAUCACCCAAACAUUGACAAUUCAGGACGUAUCUGCCAUGAUGCUCUCAAACUCCCACCAAAGGGUGCCUGGAAGCCAUCCCUAAAUAUCUCCACAGUCCUCACCUCCAUCCAGCUGCUCAUGGCUGAGCCCAAUCCAGAUGACCCACUCAUGGCUGAUACAUCAUCAGAGUUCAAAUACAACAAACAACUGUUCAUGCAGACGGCCAAGAAGUGGACAGAGGAACAUGCUGUUCAGAAGAACACGGGAGUCACAGAGAGCAACAAAGAAAAUACCCUAGAUCAGAAAGCAUCAUCACGCAAAAGAGAGGCCCUCCACACACAGCAGGAGGAAGAGGAGCCAACAAAGAAAAACUGUGUGUAGUUUGCACCACACUUGUUAGAUCCACAGGUCUCUUCUCCAGAACCACCUGCCAGUAUGUAAAGAGUGUAUUUUAUUUUUCAAUUUAGUGGUAAUACCUUCUUUAAUUUACUAUGUGUGCAUUUGUCUUGUUAA